AUGGGCUCGAUCAGAAUUUUACCUCAGUGGAUUAGAAUCUGGCUUAACAUAUCAACAGUUUUAUGUAUCGUUGAUGUCGCAUAUACGAUGCUUCGACCAAUGACUCUCCGCACUGGUUCACUUGGGCAUAUUUUUGAAUUAUGGAAUAUUUAUAGUGAUGUCGAUUUAAGAUAUGCGAAUGCUAACGAUAUUGUGACGAUGGCAACAGGUCGAGUAAUGAUUAUUGAGAUUUUUAUGAACAUUAUUGCAUUAAUUAUGAUUACAACUAAAAGAGUUCUAAACUAA